CAAAUUUUAUUAUUAGGUGCUCCUCCAUUAAUAAAAUAAUGCACCGAGUGUACUCUGUAAUAUGCGCUCCUCAAAACCCCAAAACAAAACGCCCCGUUCUCUCUUCUCGGACCGGAAACGUCAACACUGACGAGAACAACGACGACACGGCAAGAUACACAAGUACUUUUCCGAUAAAUCACCACUAGCUUUGGCGAGCUAGCAACUGGUUUUUUAUUCGCCAAUACGACAUCGAAGUAGCAAUCAUGCAUUCCUUUGGGUACAGAGCUAAUGCUUUGCUAACUUUCUCCGUCACCAUCCUCGCGCUAAUGUGUGCCAUGGCCUCCCUCUCUGAUAACCUUAAUUCUCCCUCUCCCACUUCCCAAAUCCAGAUAUUGAAUAUCAAUUGGUUUCAAAAGCAGCCGCAUGGAAAUGAUGAGGUUAGCCUCACAAUGAAUAUAACAGCUGAUUUACAGUCUUUGUUUACGUGGAACACAAAGCAGGUUUUUGUAUUUGUAGCUGCAGAGUAUGAAACCCCAAAAAAUUCCUUGAACCAGGUUUCACUUUGGGAUGCAAUCAUACCAACGAAAGAACAUGCAAACUUUUGGAUCCAAACUGCAAACAAAUAUCGUUUUGUUGACCAGGGGAGCAAUCUUCGUGGUAAAGAAUUCAAUUUGACUUUGCACUGGCAUGUCAUGCCCAAGACCGGCAAAAUGUUUGCCGACAAAAUAGUCAUGUCCGGAUACCGCUUGCCUGAGGAAUAUAGAUGAGGAUGGGAUAUUUUGUGUACCUUUUUGAGCUGUAACUUAAGACAUUUAAAUAUGGGAUGAUAAAGUUAGGCUGAAUUAAAAAAACUAGAAACAGAGAAACGAAUAUUGUUGAAAAAGAAAAUGAUCAUUGAUGGGAUUUUCUAUUA